ACUCAUCAAUCCUUAGAGUUGCAAUCUCACAUCAAUCACCCAACAACAUUCAUUUCUCUCCUACAAAGUAAUCAAUAAGAUUCUCCACCUAUCUAAAUAACCAAUUUCAUAAACCAAAAACACAAACACACUCACAGUUAACAUGGAUUUACUUCACCAAGCAAAAACCACGCUAGAACCAUUCCCUACACUUUUAUGGAUCAUUCUCCCACUCGCUAUGUUUCUACUACUUAAUAUAUCCUCAAAAAUCCGCAAAAGAGCAUCAUAUCCACCAGGUCCAAAAGGGUUACCCUUAAUAGGUAACAUGAACAUGAUGGACAAACUCACACAUAGAGGUUUAGCAGAUUUAGCUAAACAAUACGGCGGCGUUUUGCACCUCCGCAUGGGGUUUAUUCACAUGGUAGCAAUCUCAAACGCAGAAGCAGCGCGUGAAGUGUUACAGUUGCAUGACAACAUAUUCUCCAAUCGCCCAGCGACGAUAGCUAUAAGUUAUCUUACUUACAAUCGCGCUGACAUGGCGUUCGCUCACUACGGUCCGUUUUGGCGCCAGAUGAGGAAGCUUUGUGUCAUGAAACUCUUCAGCCGUAAACGGGCUGAGUCGUGGGAGUCUGUUAGAGAUGAAGUUGACGUAGUUAUCACCAACGUUAACGAGAAUCUAGGAAACUCUGUUAACGUUGGUGAGUUGGUUUUUAACUUAACAAAGAAUAUUAUAUAUCGUGCGGCUUUUGGGUCGAGUUCGAAAGAAGGACAAGACGAGUUUAUUUCGAUACUUCAAGAGUUUUCGAAAUUGUUUGGUGCUUUUAAUAUUGCGGAUUUUGUACCUUGUUUGAGGUGGCUUGAUCCUCAAGGUUUGAAUGCUAGGCUUGUGAAGGCUCGUGGUGCGUUGGAUGGUUUUAUUGAUAAGAUUUUUGAUGAACAUGUUGAGAAGAAGAGGAACAUGAGUGGUGAUGAAGAUAGUGAUAUGGUUGAUGAAUUGUUGGCUUUUUACAGUGAUGAAGCUAAAGUGAAUAAUGAAUCGGAUGAUCUUCAUAACUCUAUCAAACUCACUAGGGAUAAUAUCAAAGCCAUCAUCAUGGAUGUCAUGUUCGGAGGAACAGAAACGGUUGCCUCAGCAAUGGAAUGGUCUAUGUCGGAACUACUAAGAAAUCCAGAAGAACUCAAGCGCGUGCAACAAGAACUCGCCGCGGUCGUUGGCCUAGACCGGCGCGUGGAGGAAUCAGACAUAGAGAAAUUAACAUAUCUUAAAUGUGUUGUCAAGGAGACACUUCGUCUUCACCCGCCGAUUCCGCUUCUCCUACACGAGACAGCGGAGGAUGCGACGGUUGGUGGCUAUUACGUCCCCAAAGGCUCGCGCGUGAUGAUAAACGCGUGGGCCAUUGGAAGAGAUGAAUUUUCAUGGAAGGAUCCAGAAGAGUUUAAGCCUUCAAGAUUUUUAAAUUCAACAAGUGCGCCUGAUUUUAAAGGAAGUAAUUUCGAGUUUAUUCCGUUUGGGUCUGGUCGAAGAUCUUGCCCAGGAAUGCAAUUGGGCCUGUACGCAUUGGACUUAGCUUUGGCCCAUUUACUUCAUUGCUUUACUUGGGAGUUACCGAAUGGAAUAAAGCCGAGUGAGAUGGACACGAGUGAUGUUUUUGGACUCACUGCUCCAAGAGCGAGUCGACUCAUUGCUGUUCCAGCUAAGAGGCUUGUGUGUCCUCUUUGAUGAUUAAGAAACAAAAAUAAAAUAAGAAAAGUCCAAAGUGUCCUUGAAGAAAAGGUGUGAAGUGGGUGAAAGAUUUUGGAAGGGACUUUUAUUUUUAGUUAUUAUUGUUACUAUUGAUGUUUGGGAAGAAAAUGUAUAAAAUAAAAUAAAAGGAAGAAAGAAAAAGAAUGUGAAAGUUUGUAAGUGUAUGUUUGACAUAUUCUUAUAUAUUUGUCGUCGUUGUCAUUAGUAUUUAGUGUUUGGUUGUGUUAUUAUCCUUUGUAUUUGAUUUUUUGUAAUAAACUUGAACCGUAAUCAAAGAGAAAAGUUGCGGUGGGGGCAGCAAUGUUGACGUUGGAAA